AUGAUGGCCGGAAGGAAGAGGAAGAGGAAGCGCAGGCCCAGCGAAAAGUACAUGGAGGAGCGCUUGAUGAAGACGCGCGUGAGUUUGAGGAGGUGGGAGUACUUGAUCGGGUUCCCCGCCACCACCUGGAUGACAAACAUCUGCAGCAGUGGGGUGGAUGAGGUACUUGGGGUACUGCGAAGUUCAUCGACAUGA